AUGACAGAAGACACACAAGGGCAGACGGGUGUCUUGCGCAGGCCACAGAUGGGCGGCGGGCGGAAGAUAGCCUGCAGUCACGUGGUGCGGCAAGUACCGGUGACUAAGCGGGAGGCAAAUAAAAAGUCGCCAGACCGAAGAGGGAAAAAGACGGAAUUCAAUGAAAGAAAGGGACUAGGGGGAAAGCAGCAGGUGAGAGAAGACGAGAUAAGGAGAAUCGAUGAGGAAGAUACAGUGAAGAAGGAGAGAUGGAGCGCAGUCCAGGGGCAGCCGAGGACACAAGGGCGGUCGGGGGGGGGCGUGAAUGGCAGGGUAAAAGGAAAGCGUGACCGGCGCGCAGCAGCUCUCAGCUCAGCUCCAGAAACAGAGACUGAGAAAGUCGGAGGGGGUGCUAGAAUCCUUAAGUACGAACGGUCGCGUUGCGCCCGUCCGUCCUCUGCCGCUAACUCCAUCGGCCACGCUAGUCCCAAUUAUUCUAGUUCAAGCCAUUCCGCAGCCGCUGAUUGGUCCAGGGAUGACGCGUUCUACGAGAUACGAGUUGUUAUUGGCUGUAACCAACCCUGGACGGUGGACCCAGGUUCCGGGUACCAGAAGUUCCCUUUGUCGGAAACAUCGAAAACAACAAGAGAGGCAUUCCACAACCUUCCAAACCUUGGAGGAAUAACGAUCGGCACAGAGCCCCCAUCAUCCUAUUUCAUCGACAAGAUGCAUCGUGAUGAUACUGGAAGUGAGUCAGAAGUGCAUCAUGGAUUCGGGGUGAAGCCUGUUGAGCUGGACGCCGAGCCAGGCUGUGGAGGUCACCAGACCUGA